GUCUUGCACAGGUGUACCGGCUCCUCCCCUUCAGUCUUGCACAGGUGUUCUGGCUCCUCCCCUUUAAUCUUCCACAGGUGUACCGGCUCCUCCCCUUCAGUCUUGCACAGGUGUACCGGCUCCUCCCCUUCAGUCUUGCACAGGUGUACCGGCUCCUCCCCUUCAGUCUUGCACAGGUGUACCAGCUCCUCCCCUUCAGUCUUCCACAGGUGUACCGGCUCCUCCCCUUCAGUCUUGUACAGUUGUACUGGCUCCUCCCCUUCAGUCUUGCACAGGUGUACCAGCUCCUCCCCUUCAGUCUUGCACAGGUGUACCGGCUCCUCCCCUUCAGUCUUGCACAGGUGUAGCGGCUCCUCCCUUUCAGUCUUGCACAGGUGUACCGGCUCCUCCCCUUCAGUGUUGUACAGGUGUACCUGCUCCUCCCCUUCAGUGUUGUACAGGUGUAGCUGCUCCUCCCCUUCAGUCUUGCACAGGUGUACUGGCUCCUCCCCUUCAGUCUUGCACAGGUGUACCGGCUCCUCCCCUUCAGUCUUGCACAGGUGUACCGGCUCCUCCCCUUCAGUC